AAAAAGAAAAAUUAUGAGGCCGUAAUUGGUGUAGGAUCAUCAAUUCUUGGUGGUGUUGGAUUGGGAUUAUUUGCAUGUCAAUUCCUCGAAGGAUAUAUUACAAAAAGCCAGGUAAUUUUAGCAUUGAUGGGUUUAAGUGAGGUAGGUUCGGCUGUAUUGACUGCUCCAAGUCAUGAUCUAGGCAAUAAAAACAAAAACUUCGAUAAAACACUUAAUCUAUUUAAAUCUUUGCAUGAAAAAUUGGAAAAGGAGAAAAAUCUCCACAAUCACCACCACAUUGAAUUCGUUGAAAAUAAACAAAAAUUGAUUGCUGAAUAUGAAUUGCUUGUGUAUGAAUUUGGAGCAUUUGAAUCGGAGCUUUGA